AUGUCAUCCAAGCAAGGAGGAAAAGCAAAGCCAUUGAAGCAACCCAAGGCCGCAAAGGAGUACGACGAAGAUGACUUGGCCAAGCUUCAGAAGAAGAAAGACGAGGAGAAGGCACUGAAGGAUCUCAAAGCCAAGGCACAGCAGAAGGGCACUUUUGGAGGUGCUGGCCUCAAGAAGAGUGGGAAGAAAUAG